UAUUUUUUGUUUGGCCUAAUGUGAGUUUUGUUUGUGUGCAUGGGUAAUUAUGCGUCAUUUCUGUUUGUUUCAGUUAGGUAUUUUUUCAACACCAGAAUCUCAUGUAGUACUUAUGCCUUAAAUAUUUAAUGAAGCAAUUGAAUCCCCAGAUGUUAAAAGUUUCUAAUAGACCCCUUGCAGUGGGUACUGGGUAACAUUUCCUAUAACAUGGCAAGUAACCACUGAAUAAACAGUACGAUACACGUACACGUACACAUAUGUACAAGUACAUAAUGCAAGUAUGCACUGUAGAUACACCAUAUUCAUAUUCACAGGCUCAUAGGAAGCAAGAUAUGAGACAGAGAGAACCCUCCCCCCGGCUUUAUUUUGGUCGUUGUUUCGCUGGAAUCCUAGAAAUUCUUUUCAGACAUCUAGGGAGAUGUGUUAAUGUAACAAUAGAUUGUGUAUAGCAAUUGGACAUGCUGAGGGAGUACUUCUCGGUUUCAUGUCUUGCGGGAUAUAAUGUAAUUCGAGAACCUGAAUUAGAAGCCAUUACUGCGGUGGCACAAUGUGCGUAAAUAGGUAGCACGGGUACACGACAUGCUACAUCGACUAUUAGGGUGUGGCGAUAUGCCAAAAGCGCAUGCGAAUGAAUUUAUUUACACAUGUUGGAGCAAUUAGGCCAUGCUGUUCUUGUCCCACUUUGUUUCAAGUCAUUUCUUUUUGAUUCAGGAACAAACAAGACACCUGCUCUGCAGCAAAGGAGCCAAGUUAAAAGUGUGAAAAGGAGAACCCAGAACGAGCCGAAUGAGACUGUAGGUGAGCACCAGGCCCAUUCCAGUAAAGAGAGGAGGUUAGCAGCAAAUCCUUCCUCCAAAGGUUCAACAGGGCUACAUGCUGGUGCAGCUUCUAGACCUAGAAUUCAUCUAAUGAUAGCAAAUAUCAGCCUCAAUGACAACAUACGUUUGUGGCAUCUGAAGGUAUGGACGGAUCACUUGUAUAUGGAAACUCCACAGAGAACUCGGAACAGAAAAUAUUAUUUUUAUGGUAAACUGCGAGAUGAAAGCGGACUGGUAAUCUAUUUCAUGUACUUUGGAACAUUUUUGAAAAGCAUGGAGCACUUGAGUAUGAUGGAGGAAAGUACAGAAUACAAACCUCUGUACAUGUGGCAUGUCAAAGUGCAGGAGCAAGAUAAGGAGUACAGAGGGCUAGCAAGAGGUGAAAGUGAGUUCAAGUUGCUGAUUGAUGAACAUUCCAAAAUAUGCCGGGCUUAAAAGCCCAUGGAGAAUAUCACCCAGCAGGUAAAGCCGCCCACUGU